AUGAAGAAUUUUCUUCGUCGAAACUCAUUGGGUGGUCAGCUAACGCAGACCACUUUUCUUAUCCCCAACCUUCACUGCCCGACCUGUGUCUCGAAGAUCGAAUCAACUUUGUCGAGUCUGCGACCCGCGCCAGAUUCUGUGCAGGUGUCCAUUGUCUCGCACACAGUCACAGUCAGGCAUUCACGCUCGCUUUCUCUCGCCACGAUAGCUCAAGCCCUCGAUGAUGCAGGUUAUGAAAUCUUCGACGUGGUCCCUGACCUAGACUCGCCACCACCUGAUCUGCCACUUAACUUGCAACAGGGCCUUGAACCGCCUUCGUUCGAACAAGCCCUUUCCCGAUGGCGUUCUCAUGCGAGUGAGGUCGAAGUGAACAAGAGGCGCCGUCACCUCGAAACCUGUCAGCACUGUCAAACACUUUCCAAGGACUCCACAGAGGCUCAGACUCUUGAGCUUGUCGUGGACCAUCUCACAAGCACACCCAAGCGAUUCAAAGCCAAUUUCAUGGUCGAAGGCAUGACCUGUAGCUCAUGUGUCGGUACCAUCAGCAGAGCACUAAAGGAACUUGUUUGGGUUCGAUCUGCCGAUGUUAGCCUUAUCACUCACAGCGCUAUGGUGGUGUAUGAUGCAAAUGAUGCACAACAUCGUGUUAAAGAAAUUGCAGAUGCGAUCGAUGCUGUUGGUUAUACUGCGUCUCUCGAUUGGGCUCAAGAAUUCGUGACAGCACCACCCUCAAUUAAAGGCGCCACCGCCAAUUUGUACCACGCUACAUACAUGGUUGACGGCAUGACCUGCAGCUCGUGCGUUGGGAACAUUACAAGGGCUAUCCAGGAACUAGAUUACGUCUCCAGAGCAGACGUAAGCCUAAUCAAUCACAACGCCUCCGUUCACUUCACGGGCAAGGAUCACGUCGAAGACAUUGCUAAAGCCAUCCAAGAUAUUGGCUAUGGUGCCCAACUCGACACACUAUCUACGGUCGAGUCCUCGCACGAAACACGCCCAGAGCGCACAGUUUCGAUCCGAAUUGACGGGAUGCAUUGUGACCAGUGUCCUGGUCGCAUUGUACAUUCGAUGAAAGAUAUGGGUUCGGUGGCGAUCGAGACCUUACCUACGUUGCAAGACCCUAUCUUGACGGUGACAUACAUUCCCAACCCUCCUCAAUUCACCGUUAGGACAUUGUUAGCUGCAAUUACAGAUAUUGAUGCCUCCUUCAGCGUCACGAUCCACCAUCCCUUGACCCUGGAAGAGAGAGCCCGAAAGAUGAUGGCACGUGAACAACUCCAUAUUCGCAAUCGGGUCAUUCUGUCUGUGGUUGUGGCCAUCCCAGCCUUUAUCAUUGGCAUAGUCUACAUGAACCUCGUUAAAAGCGACGAUCCCGGAUAUAAAUAUCUCAUGCAAGAGCUUGCUGGUGUUACACGGGCGGAGUGGGCGAAUUUCAUUCUGGCCACGCCCGUUUACUUCUUUGCUGCGGAUCUUUUUCAUCGGCGCACAUACAAGGAACUACGCGCGCUAUGGAGGCCGGGAAGUCAAGUGCCUCUUCUCAGGAGAUUCUACCGUUUCGGCAGCAUGAAUAUGCUCAUCUCAUUUGGGACAUCCAUCGCCUACUUUGCGUCCAUUGCAGAAGCCAUCGUCGCAGCCACGCGGCGCCGGUCCAUGCAAGGGAAUGGGCCAGCCCCGUCGUACUUCGACUCAGUGGUCUUCUUGACCAUGUUUCUCCUCAUAGGCAGAUAUAUUGAAGCAUAUAUGAAGGCCCAGGCGGGCGACGCAGUGGGCGCCCUUGCUAAACUGCAGUCAACUGAAGCUCUUCUGGUUUCAGUAGACAGCGCGACUGGGCAUCCCUCAACAUCAGCGGUCCACGUGGAUCUAAUUGAAGCAGGCGAUGUCGUCAGAGUCGUAAAUGGCAGCUCUCCUCCCUGUGAUGGAGUCGUUCUGGAAGGAGAGUCGAAGUUUGACGAAUCGAGCCUGACGGGGGAGUCCAUGCCAGUCAGUAAAGGAGUGGGAGAUAAUGUGUACUCCGGUACCAUUAACAAGGUCGCUCCCGUUACUACUCGAGCAACUGGGGUUGUUGGAAAGUCAAUGCUCGAUUCAAUUAUACAAGUAGUUCGUGAAGGGCAAACUAAGCGUGCUCCAGUCGAAAGGAUUGCGGAUCUUCUGACGGGCUAUUUUGUUCCAUUUGUGGUCCUGCUGGUAGUUGCAACGUGGGUUAUCUGGCUUUCUCUCGGCGUAUCAGGAGUCCUACCUUCCAGCUAUCGAGAUACCGACGUUGGGGGCUGGCCUUUUUGGUCGCUUCAGUUUGCCAUUGCCGUGUUCGUGAUCGCUUGUCCUUGUGGUCUUGGGUUGGCUGCGCCGACGGCUCUAUUUGUUGGAGGGGGCCUGGCAGCGAAGCUGGGGAUCCUCGUCAAAGGGGGAGGAGAGGCAUUUCAAGAAGCCAGUGCAUUGGACUGUGUUGUCUUUGACAAAACUGGCACUUUGACAGAAGGCGGGGAGCCCAAGAUCACGGAUUUCGAGUUCUUCGCGGAUAACGAAGGCCAUCUCGACGAGGCGGACAUCUUAGGUGUCCUCAAGCGGCUCGAGGAUGACAGCAGUCAUCCACUGGCCAAGGCCGUCGUCGCCUUUUCAGCGUCGCGAAAAUUUACGAAUUUUGAAGCUGAAAAAGUGGAGGAGGUUGGCGGCAAAGGCAUGCAGGGAUUUCUUUUUGCUCGGUCACAGCCUCAGCGCAAAAUCAGAGCAUUGGUCGGUAAUGAAGCCUUAAUGUCGGAAAAUAACCUCGUUCUAGCUGCUGAUCGUCAAGCGAAACUUGAUUCCUGGAAAAUACAAGGUAAAUCAGUCAUGUUGGUAGCCACCGCUGACGCAUCCGACGGCGAUAAACAACCGAGUCCUUUCUCUUUGUCAGCUAUUGCCGCCACCUCGGACCCCCUACGACCAGAAUCCAUUGCUGUUGUCCAUGCGCUACGCAAUCGGGGAAUAGACGUCUGGAUGCUUUCGGGAGACAACGAGAAAACCGCCCGAGCAGUCGCCAGCAAAGCUGGGAUUGACGAGAGUAAUGUUAUUGCGGGUGUCCUUCCAGAACAGAAAGCGGAGAAAAUUCAAUACCUUCAGAAGGCUGGGGCCAAGGUUACAUCCCGCAAAGCCCGUCAGAAUGAGGCGCACUUACAUGCUGUGGUUGCUAUGAUCGGGGACGGAAUCAAUGAUUCUCCUGCGCUUACCAUGGCAGAUGUCGGCAUCGCCAUUGGGUCCGGCUCUGAAGUGGCUAUCUCGGCUGCCGACUUCGUCCUCGUCUCCUCAAAUCUAGUUUCAUUACUUGUGCUCAUCGAUCUCAGCCGGAUAGUAUUCAAGAGAAUCAAAUUCAACUUUUUCUGGGCGGUGCUCUACAACAUGGUAGCACUGCCCAUAGCUGCAGGAGUCUUGUAUCCAAUUCAGAGCGGUGGUAGCCACAUCCGGCUUGAUCCUGUUUGGGCAGCUUUGGCCAUGGCUCUGAGCAGCAUUAGUGUCGUCCUCAGCAGUCUACUGCUGAGGACGCGGUUGCCACUAUUGGGUUUCAGGGCAGCAACUGAGAAAGACCUGUUGAAAAGGGAUCCUUAA